AUGGCAGAGAGCUCAUCAACUAGUAGUAUCUCACAAAAAUCAACCAUGAAAGACGAAGGUAAAUUUGUCGAUUUACCUGAUGCAAAGGAAGGCGAAGUUGUCGUACGUUUUCCACCAGAAGCAAGCGGAUAUUUGCAUAUCGGUCAUGCUAAAGCUGCUCUUCUGAAUCAAUAUUAUCAAAAACUGUUCAAAGGAACAUUAAUUAUGCGUUUUGAUGACACAAACCCAGCUAAAGAAAAUGCUGAUUUUGAGAAGGUUAUUCUCGAAGAUUUAAAAAUGUUAGGCGUCUCAUAUGAUCGUUUUACACAUUCAUCUGAUCAUUUCGAUACAUUGCUUAAUUAUUGUAAACAACUAAUUGAAAAAGGUUUAGCCUAUUGCGAUGAUACCGAACCAGAACUAAUGAAACAACAACGUGAGAAACGGCAAGAAUCGGUUAAUCGAACUAGUAGCGUAGAAAAAAAUUUACAACUAUGGUCAGAUAUGAUAGCUGGAAAUGAGCAAGGACAAAAAUGUUGUGUUCGUUUGAAAAUCGAUAUGAACUCAAAUAAUGGUUGUAUGCGUGAUCCAACUAUAUAUCGAUGUAAACCAGAAGAACAUGUACGAACAGGAAAUAAAUAUAAGGUUUAUCCAACUUAUGAUUUUGCUUGCCCAAUUGUUGAUUGUAUCGAAGGAGUAACACAUGCUCUUCGAACAACUGAAUAUCAUGAUCGAGAUGAGCAAUAUUAUUGGAUUCUUGACGCUCUUGGUCUUCGAAAACCAUUCAUAUAUGAGUAUGCACGUCUCAACAUGCAAUUUACGGUAUUAUCAAAACGAAAAUUAACUUGGUUUGUUAAUUCUCAUAUUGUUGAUGGUUGGGAUGAUCCACGUUUACCGACUGUACGUGGCAUACUUCGACGUGGUAUGACUGUUGAAGGUCUUCGACAAUUUAUUGUUGCACAAGGUUCGUCGAAAUCUGUUGUUUUAAUGGAUUGGGAUAAAAUAUGGGCAAUUAAUAAGAAACAAAUCGAUCCAGUAGCACCACGUUUUACAGCAUUAUUGAAAAAUCAACUUGUGAAAAUUAACUUAAAAAACAUAACUAAAGAAGAAAGCCAACAACAUCAGAAACAUCCAAAAGAUCCAGCGAUCGGUAUGAAAACUGUUUACUAUGGUCCGACAGUAUUCAUUGAAAAAGAUGAUGCUGUUUUAAUUAGUGAAGGACAAAUUGUUACAUUAAUGAAUUGGGGAAAUAUCAAAAUCAAUCGAAUUCAAAAGAAAGAUUCUGGUGAUAUCGAAUUCAUGGAAGGUGAAACUCAAUUGGACAAUAAAGAUUUUAAGAGCACUCUCAAAUUGACAUGGCUUGCUGAAACAAGUCAAGCACCAUUAACACCUGUUACCUGUAUUCACUAUGAUAAUAUCAUGACUAAAGCAAAACUUGACGAAGGAGAUACAUUUGAGAAUUUUGUGAACUAUGCAUCCAAGAAUCAAUAUGAUGUUGUUGGUGAACCGGAAAUGGCACAAAUGAAGAAAGGUGAUACCAUUCAAAUUCUUCGCAAAGGUUACUAUAUUUGUGAUGUUCCAUAUGAUGCUGCAACGAAACAACCAUGUUGUUUAUUGAGUAUUCCGGAUGGUGCUACAAAAGAAAAACCCACAUCUUUAAGAUCUACGGAUACACCAGCUACAAAAGCUAGUGCUGUUAAAUCGGCAGCUACAGCAGUAGUAUCAAGUCCUGAACUAGAUCUACUAACAGAAAGAAUUGUUAAACAAGGUGAAAUAGUUCGAGAAUUUAAAACAAAUAAAUCAACACUAAAACCCGUUGUUGAUGAAGCUGUAGGAGAACUUUUGGCAUUAAAAGAACAAUAUAAGAAAUUAACAGGUAUUGACUAUAAGCCAACGAAUGCAUCGGCAACAGUACAGAAAGAAAACAAAAAGCCGGCUGCUGCAUCGGCACCGACUGCGUCUAAUGAAGCUGAAAAACUUGCUGAACAAAUAACUCAACAAGGAGAAAAAGUUCGCGAGCUUAAAACCAAUAAAUCAACAUCAAAGGAGGAAGUUACCGCUGCUGUUGAUCAAUUAUUAAAAUUGAAAGAGCAAUACAAAACAUUAACAGGUACUGAUAUUGCACCGAGUGGAGGUGCUCCAGCACGAAAAGAAAAAGAAAAGAAACCACCAGCUGAGAAAAAAACGACAGAAAAAAAAUCAGCAGAAAAGAAACAUGAAAAUGAACAAAAUGCAGGUGCUGCUGGUACAGAUUCAAAAAAAGUAACCAAGCUUGGCAUUGAAUUUGCCAAAGAAGAAAAUCUUGCUGAUUGGUAUGGACAAGUUGUUCGUAAAGGCGAAUUAAUUGAAAAUUAUGAUGUGGGUGGUUGUUAUAUUCUUCGUCCAUGGGCGUAUUUUCUUUGGGAACAAAUAAAAGCUUUUGUCGAUGCUGAAAUAUCUGAAUUGGGAGUACAAAAUUGUUACUUUCCAUUAUUUGUUUCUCAUGCUGCUCUUCAUCGAGAACAAACUCAUAUUGCUGAUUUUUCUCCGGAAGUUGCUUGGGUAACAAAAUCAGGUGACAGUGAAUUAGCUCAACCGAUUGCUGUACGUCCGACAAGUGAAACAAUUAUGUACCCAGCGUAUGCUAAAUGGAUUCAAUCUCAUCGUGAUCUUCCAUUAAAAUUAAAUCAAUGGAAUAACGUUGUCAGAUGGGAAUUUAAAAAUCCACAACCGUUUCUUCGUACACGAGAAUUUCUUUGGCAAGAAGGUCAUACGGCAUGGGCAACAGAAAAAGAAGCUGCUGAAGAAGUUUAUCAAAUUCUUGAUUUAUAUGCAAGAGUUUAUACUGAUCUACUUGCAAUACCUGUUAUUAAAGGACGUAAAACUGAAAAAGAAAAAUUCGCUGGUGCUGACUGGACAACAACAAUCGAGGGUUAUAUUGCCGCUAGCGGAAGAGGAAUUCAAGCAGCAACAUCACAUCAUUUAGGCCAAAACUUUUCGAAAAUGUUUGACAUUACAUUCGAAGACCCGCAAACACAAGCUAAACAAUAUGUUUAUCAAAAUUCAUGGGGUCUAACUACACGAACAAUCGGUGUUAUGGCCAUGAUACAUGGUGAUAACAAAGGUUUAGUUUUACCGCCACGUAUAGCUAAAUAUCAAUUUGUUAUUGUUCCAUGUGGAAUAACAGCAUCAUUCUCCAAAGAAGAUGAAGAGGGAUUAAUUAAUACGUGUAAAGUGAUUGAAACAAAAUUGAAAAAGGCUGGAUUCCGUGUAUAUGGUGAUUACAGAGAUAAUUAUACUCCCGGAUGGAGAUUCAAUCAUUGGGAAGUUAAAGGUGUUCCGGUUCGUCUUGAAAUUGGUCCCAAUGACAAGGCACGUUCACAGUUGACAGUUGUACUUCGACAUACAGGAGUUAAGUCAACAAUACCAAUGGAAAAUAGUGAAAUUAAACUACGUGAAGUUCUUGAUCAAAUUCAUAAUGAUUUAUAUAAAAAAGCUAAGCAAGAACUCGAUAGUCAUACAGUAGUCGUUAAAGAUUGGGCUGGUUUCUUAAAAGGUCUUGAUAACUCAUGUAUAAUGUUAACACCAUUCUGUGGUGAGCCAGCAUGUGAAGAUCUGAUUAAAAAAGAUAGUGCACGUGAUGUUGUGGUUGAAGAAGGCGCACCAGCUAUGGGUGCUAAAGGUCUAUGUAUUCCAUUUGAUCAGCCAGAAAAACUUGCCGAAAAUCAACCAUGUUGUCAUCCGGAUUGUAAAAAUCCAGCAAAAUAUUAUACAUUAUUUGGCCGCAGUUAUUAA